UUCAGCACGGUGUAACCCUUCUUGUAGGCAUUCAUGCUGUGACAUUGGGGAUGUAGAAUUUGAGGAGAGAGGUAUGACAAGUAGUUAUAUUAUUAUGGAUAAGGUUUCUGUUGUAAGAAUUUUCAUUCUAUCAGGGUUAAAUGAGACAAAUGAUUACAGAAUAACACUCUUGACAUUCACUUUACAGUAUUACUGUAUGGUUUUGUUUUUCAACAUAUCUGUCAUCAUGAUUAUUAUUGUGGAUCAAAACUUACAUGAACCCAUGUACAUUUUUUUAUGUAGUUUUUGCAUGAAUGGUCUUUAUGGGACCAUAGGUUUCUACCCCAAAUUCCUCUUUGAUCUGUUUUCUUCCUCUCAACAGAUCUCCUAUGAAUGGUGCCUUUUUCAGGCUUUUGUCAUGAAUUCAUUUGCUUGCUGUGAAUUAUCCAUCCUAGCAGUCAUGGCCUAUGACAGAUAUGUGGCUAUAUGUCGACCUCUUCACUACCUGUCUGUCAUGACAACGAGGAGGGUCUCUCAGCUGAUAUGUUUCUCCUGGUUCACACCUUUCUGCAUCCUUUCCAUCAAUGUUGUGCUGACAUCAAGACUGAGGUUAUGUGGUGUAAAGAUUGACAGACUGUUUUGUGUGAACUGGGUAAUUGUUAAACUUGCUUGCAAUGAAUCUGACACCUUUUCAAACAACAUAACUGCAUAUUUUACAAUUAUCUUUUAUGUCUCUCAUGGAUUUUUUAUAAUUUGGACUUAUAUGCAUCUUAUUAGAACAUGUGUGAAGUCUAAACAUGACAGGGUGAAGUUUAUGCAGACGUGUGUGCCUCAUUUAGUCUCUUUAGUCACGUUCCUUGUUUUGAUAUUUUUUGAUUUAAUGUAUAUGCGAUUUGGCUCCAAAGAUUUACCUCAGAGCCUUCAGAACUUCAUUGCUAUAGAAUUUCUCCUCAUUCCUCCUGUGAUGAAUCCUCUAGUUUAUGGACUUAAACUGACAAAGAUACGAAACAGAAUAUUUCGUCAAUUUCUUUUCCGAAGAAAAUUACAUCCAUUGACUUAA